GGAGCCUCGGGCACAUAAACAAGUCCAGACUGUACACCGACAGGAGCCACUGCGACACAAUACAAAUAACACAGAAGCAUUCAAGCUGCAAAAGUACUUUUCUGACAGCUAAUAAGAUAGCAGUCUUACAAAACCAUCACAGAAAAUGAUCAGUAGAAUCCUUGCACAGCUGGUGGGAAGAGAAGAGAAAGACAGCGAUGUUGCAGAAGAACCUGAUAACUGUGCGGACCUCCUCGAGUUUGAUGAUGGAGAGUGGGUUAUUAUAAAGAUACACGAGAAUCAGUCACUUGGUUCCGCUGACACACACAUUCUUGAGAACCUGUUGAUGGAGCACCCCAGCAUGUCUGUAUACCAAAUGAGGCGUGAUCAGGAAGACCCUGGCUCAGAUGAAGAAACAGGGGACAUGGCUUGGCCUGUGCCAAUCAGACGUCACGUUUCAUGGCGGUUAGCUGCAUGGGGCAACCCCUUGCCCUGCAGCACCAUUCUGCUCUCAGUGAAGGGUGCCAGAGUCUAUAAUGAGCACAGAAAGCUGACCCGUGGUGCCCUCAACAGGCAGAACCUCGCAAGAACACGCUAUUCAACUUCAGAGUGCCGCUAUGGCUACUUCAAACAGCCCACUCAGCGUCUGUACAACUAUUGAAAAAAAUCAAUUGCAUCUGAAACUACUGAACAGCCAGCCUUGUGAUAAAUGAAUAGUCGUUUUAAAGGGGUAUGUUUGCAAAUCAUGCCAUGAAACCAUUCCCCUGUGAGACUUGUAUGGAUUAUGAAAAACGUUUUGAUAAAUGCAGUGUGUUAUUAUCUUAGGGAUAAAGCCUCACUGAUAGUCCCGACACUGAAAUAACUCUGAAAAGCAUGUGUUACAAAACUGCAAGUGAGCUGCAUUAAUAGUCUAGGAUUUUAACGUUUUUAAACAGUGUAAUGAUGUUUGUGCGCUUCUAUUUUAGCUUAGCUGUGACUGGUGCAUGCAUAUUAAGUGAAAGAAAAAACAUUCAGUGUUGAAGCCUAAAAUAAACUGUUCUGUACAAGGCAAUGCAUUGUUUACAUCAAAUAUUAAGGUAAUCAAAUAUCUUAAUGUUACUCACAGGACUAAGCAAUAUGCUGUGAUUUACUGCCAGUGAUUCAUAUUGUUAUUUCAUCCAAUAACUGUUAUUUGACUUUGUAUAUUUAAAUGCCUUUUUGGUGUUGCUUUAUUUUUUAUCUUCACAAAUGUAUUUGAUAAA